AUGCCCAGGGAGGCUGCAGAAGAUAGCAUGGGAAGGGCUGAGGGUGCUGCGCCAGCAGAGCCUGGGGACCCCGACAGCAAUGAGUCUGGAGCCAUCAGCCUGCGCCCUGUGGAGUCCAUCAGCGACCUGUACUGGGCCUCGGGCGGGCACAAGAGCACAGAGGGCAAUGGCCCGGCUCCCUCCAGCAGCCUGCACCGGCCCCCAGCUCGGCCCGUGUCCCCUGUGCCCCCGCCGCUCCUGCCCAGCCUGCGCCCUGUGCCCCCCGCCAGCCCCUGCCCCUGCCUCGGCCCUGGCCACCCCCUGCUGCUGGCCCUGCUGGCGCUCCUGGCACUGUCGAGCCUGGUCCUGGCCACACUGGCCAUCUACCUGAGUGUCCUGCAGAGCCAGUCGGUGCGGGCGCUGGCCCAGUGGCUGGAGAGCCAGGAGGACGCCGUGCACCAGCUGCGGGCAGCCAGCAGGCAGCUCUGGGCUCGCCUCAAUGCCAGUGCCCAGCCUGGCGGGCACCGCUGAGCUGCCCCUGGCCCCACCAUGGGCUCUGGGCCGCCACGGGAAGGGGCACUGAAGGGCAG